AUGGCUACCGAUAGACGGAAAGAAGACUGUCUGGACUUCAGUGAUGUAAAACGGACUCGUAGUACGAAUUUAGCGCAGCUUACUAAAUUGUACAAAGAAUUGGAAAAGAAUUUAAUUUCAUAUGAGAACGUGGAACAUGCAAAACAAUUAUAUUCAAAGUUAUGUGAAAGGUUUGAACAAUUUAAGUUAGCACACUUACAGUGUUUAGAUUUGUGUACACAAUCAGAAGUUAUAGCAAAUUUGGAAGUGAACUAUGAACGUUGUCAUGAGAACUUUGUAGAAUUCCGGGAUAGAUUUUCUCAGUCUAUCGCGAGUGAAAAAUCGCAUGAAGAGGAAAUACCCGAAGAAAGUGAUACAGUUUCAAUUGAUAGCAGUUUGAGUUCACGAUCUUCAGUUUCAUCACAAUCUAGAUUUCGCAGUGCCAAAGCUAAGCGGCUCAUCGCAGAACUCAAACUCAGGAAAUUAUCAGAACAGCAUGAACUAGAGCGUGCACAAAUAGAAAUUAAAUUUAGACAACAGGUAUUUAAUCAACUAUCCGAGAUGGAAGAGGCCAAUAUCGAAGAAUCAGUGUGGCAAGAAGCAGUGGAAGAAGACACAGAUAAUACCAGUGGAAUCGUGAACAUUCGGAACAUUUCGCAAACAGUCUCGCAAACAUUACAGAGCUCUGUUCCUGCGAGUGAAAAGUGUAUUAAUAUGAACUCUCUUUCCGGACAAACUGCAGCAAAUGAUAAACCAAAGAUGAACAUUAAUAACAGUACACAGGGAAUCAGUGCUCAGUCUGGAUUUUCGGAUGUAAGUGUUUCUAGCAUAGAUUCGGCUUUUCAACGCCUAGCAUCUACACUUCACGAAGGGUUUAAUUUGCCAAAACCAGAAUUAUUAACUUUUAAUGGAACUCCGUUAGACUAUAGUAAGUUUAUACGGAACUUUGAGACAAACAUUGAAGGUAGAAUAAGUGAUAAUAGUUUGAGACUGAGUUAUUUAAUUCAGUACUGUAGAGGUGAAGCAAAGUGUUGUAUAGAAGAUUGUGUAUUAUUAGAUUCUGAUGAGGGUUACAAACGUGCUAGGGCAAUAUUGUACUCCCGAUACGGUAGGCCACAUGUAAUUGCUAGAUCAUUUAUUGAAAAAUUAGUGUACGGCGCUCAGAUUAAAGCGUCAGAUAUUGAAGGUUUAUCUAAAUUGGCAUUAGAAAUGCAAAAAUGUGAAAUCACAUUGUCUCAGUUAGGUUUUAAUUCAGAUAUUGAUAAUUCUGAAAAUUUAAGGUGUAUUGUUAAACGCUUUCCAAUGCAUAUGAGAACAAGAUGGGUCGACAUUGCUCAUUCAAUUAGUGAGUCUGGUAGAGAACCCCGUUUUUCUGACUUAGCUAAAUUUGUAGACGAAAAAUCACGCAUUGCUAGUUCUAUGUAUGGGUACGAUCUUUGUAGAGAAAACAAUCAGAACAAGACUGAUAAUAGGGUUUUUACAAGUAAACAUCAUAAUAAUGAUACAGUUAAUAGUAAGGUUACUACGUUAAGUACUCAAAGUUUAGAUAACACAGCUAAUUAUGAGCAAACAUGUAAAUGUUGUACAGGUACAUGUGUAGAUUUGACAUCUUGUAGCAAAUUCAAGUCAAUGAGUUUAGAUGAUAGGUAUAAAUUAGUACGCAUGUUAAAAUUGUGUUAUAAUUGUUUAAAAGGGAAGCAUUUUGCUAACAAUUGUAGAAAAUCAAAAGCAUGCACUGUAUCUGACUGUAAUGUUAAGCAUAAUAUUUUAUUGCAUAGUUGGUCUCAGCCCGGUUUUGAUCAUGCAGCUACUCAGCCGUCAGUAAAUUGCGCAGCUACUAAAGGUUCUAUGAUUAAGAACUGUUUAGGAAUUGUUCCUGUCCUCGUUAAGGGUCAGAACGGUAACUCUUGCAAAACAUUUGCCUUGCUAGAUGACGGAGCAGAUAAAACUUUAUGUGAUGAACGAUUACUUCAGAAAUUAAAUAUAGUCAGCAAGCCGGUCACUUUCGAGAUGUCUACUGUUAACUCUUCUGGUUUUACAAUUCACGGUCAAGAAGUUGACUUACAAGUAAAAGCUAUUGACGGAAAUGAUAAGGUGUCGUUAAAAAAGGUCUGGUCAGUAAAGAAGCUUCCAAUUUCAGCUCGAUCUGCCGCAGAAAAUGUAGAUAUAAGAAAAUUGCCGUAUUUAGCCGAUAUACAGAUACACUCUGCUGAUUUAACCGAGGUCAUGUUGUUAAUAGGUACAGAUUCACCUAACGCUCACAUUCCGCUAGAAGUAAGGUCCGGUAACGAAAACCAACCAUAUGCAAUUCGCUCACGCCUCGGAUGGGCUAUUCGUGGUCCUAUUGAAGAUAUGCAUGCGUCAAAUGUUAUAAAUGAUCAUAGAGCACGAGAAGACAAGAAUUGCUUGUCUACAGAUGAUACAGAGGCUAUGAAAAUGACGGAGUCAGUCUUAUAUCACCCAGCAAGACGGAUGCCAAGCCCAACUCAUCGUUCAUCCAAGUCCAUGUCCAACAGAAGGAGCAGGAGCAGGUCAGCAUUCGCCUCCCCGGGAAAGGCAGCAAAACGUGCUCGUUCCAAGAACCCAAGAAGGGGGAAGAAAAGGGCAAGGUCUCCAUCCAAAAAAGCAAGAAAGGAGGAAACAAAAGGAGGUCCAGGGGAAAGAAAGCCGCAGCAAAGAGGCAAAUGGCAGAGGGAACAACAAGAUGUUGAAUUAGACGAUAUUGUUUUAGUUGCUGAUGAUAUACAGAGAGGAUAACGGGUAGAAUAGUCGAGAUCACAAGGAGCCGUCAUGGUCAUAUCCGUAGCUGUGUGGUCAAAACUAGUCAGUCACAGAUUUGAGACACAAAUAAACUAUGCUAACUCGAGUGUUCUAAAUAGAACUAUUUUUUAUUGGUGACAAAAUUGUAUUAUAUUUUCUAACUGUUUUAAGAAAUUAUUUGGUAA